AUGAUUGAAAGUAGUUCAUUUAUGAAAAAAACAUCAUCUGAAAAUUCAAUUGGUAGUCGUUCUAAUAUUCAUGAAGCUUCAACAUUUUCUUCAGAACAUGAAAAUGGUGAUCAAUCCCUUACCAUUUCACAAAUUGUAAUUAGAUCAGAUUUUGCCAAUGAAACAUCAGAGAGACAAUCGAAAAUUAUUUUAGAGAGAUUCAAUGAAGGUAUAAAGAAUACAGCAUUCACCGAUUCUCCAGUAUUGGGUCGUGCUCAACCUCGUCUUGAUGUUAGUUAUUUUGCAAUGGCACAUCGUAAUCAAAUUGUAGAGUUAUUCGAUCCACGUGGUCAACGUUUUGGUACAGUUUAUUCAGCUGAUCCAACUGUUGAAAUUAGAUAUCUUGGCUCAGUUGCAAAAACAUGUCGUUAUUUCGGCUCAUUCGGUAAACACGUUUUAAAUGUCCCUUCUGGUCAUUUUGCAAAAGCAAUGACAAAGAAUCGUCCAAUAAUUUAUGGUGAAGGUCCACAUGUAAUUAUUGACCCAACCUUUGAAUUUGAUGAAAGAUAUGGUUUCGUUAAUCAACAAGAACCAUUUAUAAACCAUUCAACCAUUAACAUUCUUCGUGUUCCAUCUGGUAAAGUCGCAAAAGUUUGGAUUGGUACUCAACCAUUAAUUUUAGAAUCUCGUCGUGAACCAUACGUUUUUGUUGAUGCUCAAUUUAAAAUGGUUGAAGAUACUAGUGAAAGUGGUAAUAAUAAAUACUUUAAAAAUUCAUCAGCUACAUUUAUGGAACAUGGUUCAAUUAAAAGAAUUAUUCCACAUACUGGUGAAGUUGCAAUCACAUAUAACAAUGGUAUUUUAACAAUUAUUCCACCACCAAAAGAUGGUAAACCAGUUAUUAUCGAUUCUCCAACUCAUAAUUUCGAAGGUUUCAUUCAAACAAGUUUACAAACUUGUUUAUUCCCAUCAAAAGAAACUAAACAACAAGCUAUUAAAGAUAAUAAAAAUGCGACAUCUGAUGAAGUUAAUUUAAAAAUUUUCCAAACUAGAGAUUCACUUCGUGUUGGUGUUGUAUUGGUAGUUGCAUUUAGAAUUGUUGACCCAGAAAUUGCACUCACUAAAUUAGGUAAAGAAGGUAUUAUCAAUCAUAUUGAAAAUGUUUCAUUCGCCGAUAUGGGUAAAGCAAUUCAAUUAAGUACUUUACAAGAGAUUAUGUAUUUCAAUGAUACAAAACCAUCUGCUAACUCCACCAAUGAAACUGUACACACAAUUCAAGAUCGUGUAAAAUCUCAUUUAGCAAGAGAUUUAUGUGAAUAUGGUAUCGAAUUAGCUCGUCUUCAAAUUGAAACAAUGAAAGUUUUGGAUUCCGAAAUCGCUAAAAAACUUGCUGGUCAAUCAGUUACAUCUGCUGAAUUCACAACCAAACAAGCAACACUUGUAAAAGAAUAUGAUAUCAAAACCACUGAAGCUCGUCUUAAAGCUGAAACCGAUAAUAUUGCAUUAGAACAAAAAGGUAAAGCAAUUAUUGCAGAAGCUCAAGCAAAAUUAGAAUCUGCUCAAAAACAAGCUCAAGCAUUACUAAUUACUGCUGAAGCUCAAAAGAAAGUUCAAGAAAUGCAAGGUGAAUUAUUUACAAAAUAUCCAAUUCUCGCUGAAAUUGAAUUGGCUAAAAUUAAAUCAGAAGCUCUUAAAAGUGCAACACUUUAUAUUACUCCUCAAGAUGCUGGUAACUUUAUGAAUUCACCAUUGGUUUAUAUGGAUAGAUUACUUGGACACCAACAAAAAUUAGAAAAAUAA